AUGAACCACCAGCCGGUUGUUGUCAACUCGCUACUCUGCUUUAUCCAUAAUUUUCGCGAUAAUCCGCAGGUUCGUAAUCUUGUUGCUGAGUAUUUUCCAAAAACAGCGAUUGCGGAAGCGAAGAACAUACUAUGCUCAAAAGUAGCCGAGGAGGCGUCGUCGCCGGUACCUGAGGACGUGUUCGAUCUUUACGAUAUGCUGGUGACGAGAGAGGAGCAAAUGCAGUUUGCCGCCACCGAUCUCACUAUCCUGCCGUUGGCGCUGUUGUCGAAAGACGAAGAUAAAAACGAAAUUAUGCGCGAACUGAAGACGUUACGCACUUUUAUCUCGGAUGCACUUGAUGGCCGAAUUGAGGAUUCACCUCAGUCAAGAGAGACUCCUACACCAGUUGUGCGAUGCAAGCUGAAUACGUCUGCUUCGUCACCUGAGUUUCCUGUUGCUAAUGCUCCGACGAGCGUUCCAUGUGAGAGCCCGAAACCGUUGCUGUCUUCAUCGCUUGUAAACAACGUUUCGCAGCAAUCCCUACAGUUAGCACUACAACGACGAACGGUUUCUAGUCCUGCAGAUAGUCAUCAGUCAACAGCAGGAGAGAAUGCAAAACGGAAAGCUGGACGAAGUUUAGAUGACACUGUGCGGAAAUUGAGUGAGAAAAGGAAGGCCGAACUUGAAGAGCAACCGCCGCUGCCGACCGUUGCCCCAUACCAAGCUCCAUCGCUCGAUCCACAAUCCUACUUGAAUAUGAUUCGGAUAAUGCAGACACCACAAUCGUCGAUUUUCAGCAAUGUCAUGAAUCAAAUGUGA